GCUUUCUCCUCUUUUUGGAUGCUCAGAGGAAAAAAACAGAGCGUCUGCUCACUGAUUCUGUUACUCUGGCCAUGAGAGCUUGAGUAGAGAAGCUUGAUAUCAUUUUGCAUCUGCAUGAAUAGAUAAAACUUCUACACCCUCUUGAGAUAUUUCAGUUUAGGGGUGGAGUCCACUGCAUACUGAUAAUGGAUGAUUAUCUUGAUCCCUAUUUAUCUUCCUUAUCCUGGUCGGAUGCAAAUGUGAAGCAAAGAACAUCUUGGGUGCAUAGUGAACCUGAUCAACCAAAUGUGCUGCUUCCAAAUUCUCUAGAAGAUUAUCAAGAUGAAGAAAAAAAUCUACCUGCUGUAAGUGUGGUUAGUUUGAACCACAGUACGGGGUCCUUAGCAGCACAAGAUACUUCAUCUACUCUUCCUAGUGAGGAGUCAGAGUGUGUUGAUAAGGGUUUGCUUUCUGUGGAGGCUGACCAGCAAAUUGAUUGUCUGAAUUACUGUGGCAACUCAUUGACAGGGAUGAUGCAAUAUAAUACCGCUCUACAUGCCCCAGGCACCUUGAAUCUUUCUUCUCCAAAGCAGCUUCCACUUGUUGGUGAUAUGAGGUCAUCCCUUUCAUUUCCAGAGAUCGGGACCAUUGUACACAAUGAUGUUGAAUCUUCUGAGUUUCGACGAUCCCUCUCAGACUUGCAAACUUUGUCCCCCAAUCCACAUUUAUUGUGGUCCUCACCAUCUUAUGGGGGUUUCUCUUCCAUGUCUAAUUUGAUUGUGCACAGCGGAUUGCAAAGCUCUCCUCUGCAAAGAAGAGAUGUUGAUGAUGGAAACAUUGACAGAUAUGUUGAAUUUGAUAAACUUCUACAACCUGAAGACUUGUCUGCAUCGGUGACCACAAAGGGGAAGCAGGAAAUAGAAACUUGUCAUUUAUCUUCUUUAGCUGUGGAACCACAGACUGCAGCAACUGUUGGAUUACCAUCAAUGUUGCAGAGUGUAUCAGCUACUCUGAAUGGUGGAUGCAAUGGAAUUGGAAAGCCUCGUGUAAGAGCACGCCGAGGGCAGGCCACUGAUCCACACAGCAUUGCAGAGAGGCUUCGAAGAGAGAAAAUUGCUGAGAGGAUGAAGAAUUUACAAGAACUUGUACCAAAUUCCAAUAAGACUGAUAAGGCUUCUAUGCUUGAUGAGAUCAUAGAGUAUGUCAAAUUUCUUCAGCUGCAAGUCAAGGUACUGAGCAUGAGCAGGCUGGGUGCAGCAGGAGCAGUUGUUCCUCUCAUCACUGAUGGUCAAACUGAGGGCUCAAAUGGUUUAUUGCUUUCACCUUUGGCUGGUCAAGAAGUUGAUUUUUCACUUUCUCCUGAUCAAAUUGCCUUUGAACAAGAAGUUUUGAAACUGAUGGAAUCAGACAUGACCACCGCAAUGCAAUAUCUUCAAAGCAAAGGUCUCUGCCUCAUGCCAAUUGCCCUUGCCACUGCCAUAUCCAGUGGAAAACCAUCUCCACCAGGCACUGCUUCUGAGGAUAAAAUGAAAUUUGGCUUCAGCAGAAGUCUUGUUCACAAGAGCAACAGCAGCAGCAGCGGCAGCAACAGCAGUGGCAGCUUAAGUGGUGUUGGGACACAACACAAAUCCUCUGAUGUUAACGAGAAGAAAUGAAACCGUAUCCACUAAAAAAUUGAACCUCAGAACUUCAACUCAAUCUUCUUCUGCUGACAGAAUAGUUUUAGGACCUUUGUUUAGCUUCCUAUGAGGCUUUCCCUUUUUGUUCUUGUUUUCUUCCUCUUAAUUCUCAUACACAAAGCAAUAUGGUGCAUUCAUGUUUGCAGUUUAUGUACAUAUUGCUCCCAGAGCAAGUGUCAGACAGUUAAGAGUGAGCAUAUUUACACUUUGAAGUAAAUAUAUUUUUGGGAA